AUGGCUACUGUGCAUGGAGCAGACCUUGGAGAAAAUGUGAACAAAGAUUGUGGGUCAGGAUCCCGAGGGAGGUGGCUUGUUUUGAAGCCGACGCAACAAGGGGUUCUACAUGCAUUGUUCCAACUGAACCCAUACCCAGGCAUCGCCACCAGAGGACGACUGGCCCGAGAACUAGACAUUCCAGAAUCCAGGAUCCAGGUGUGGUUCCAGAACCAGUGCAUGAGACAGCUAAGGCAGAGCUGA